GCGGACUGACAGGGAAGUGCUCGGUAGAAAAUCAAAUAUUCUCCUAAUAUAUUCCUUCUAACUGAUAACAAGCGGGCGGUGUGUCGAUUUGUAGGCCGCGACGAGGCGGACGAGCUCAUUUCACUGACGACUUGAUACUUUUUUUGGAGGCCCGGGGGAAAGAACCAGUUAAGCUAACGAUACAUAGCCACCAUGUCGUGGGAAGAAAUGCCUUGUUUUCUGGCCUCGCCUCUGCGCAGUUCGCCUGCUCUCUGAUCCCAGUGGACAACAAAACAAGUCGACGUAACUUCGCACUCGGCUGUCAAUGUAGCUUAGAGUUAGCAUUAUAAAUUAAGUCAACACCAGUGGUUUAACACAGGCUUGCUAGCCGAGCCAUGGCGGACAGCUUCGGAAAGGAGUCCAGCGGCGGUGCCCUUGGCAUAGGCGUUACCGGACAAGGCGGCGGAGCUUCGCUACUGCCGACUUUGGCCAACUCUGUGCCGGGUGGACACUCUGUAGCCAGCGGUGCUCACUCCAGCUCCAACCUGGCCUCCCCUCCUCCCGCUGCGGCGGCGCAUAGUGGCCUUACCGCUUUCACAGCUACCACAGCCGGGUUUGGGAACACAUUCACCCCCGGCUCCUCUCCAUCGGUCGUGGCCGUGUCUCCGACCCUACACGCUUCCUCUCCUCUCACUGGUGUGGGGCUAGGGGUCGGCGGGGUGGCAGGAGCAGGCCUCCUGUCCCAGAUCCACGCCACUUCCUGGGACCCAACCCUCAGUACGGACUGGGACAACGAGAAGGCUUCCCAGCAGUGCAUCCUGAGGAUAAAGAGGGACAUCAUGUCCAUCUACAAGGAGCCUCCACCGGGCAUGUUUGUCGUCCCUGAUCCUCAAGACAUGACCAAGAUCCACGCUUUGAUCACAGGGCCGUUUGACACCCCGUACGAGGGGGGAUUCUUCCUCUUCCUGUUCCGCUGCCCCCCCGACUACCCCAUCCACCCCCCACGGGUCAAACUCAUCACCACCGGGCACAACACGGUCCGCUUCAACCCCAACUUUUACCGCAACGGCAAGGUCUGCCUUAGCAUCCUGGGGACAUGGACAGGUCCAGCAUGGAGUCCAGCUCAGAGUAUCUCAUCUGUCCUCAUCUCCAUCCAAUCUCUGAUGACGGAGAACCCCUAUCACAAUGAACCUGGCUUUGAGCAGGAGCGCCACCCAGGGGACAGUAAGAACUACAACGAGUGCAUCCGCCAUGAAACCAUGAGGGUGGCUGUGUGUGACAUGCUGGAGGGCAAAGUUCCUUGUCCUGAAGCUCUGUGGAGCGUGAUGGAAAAGUCCUUCCUAGAAUAUUAUGAUUUCUACGAGGGGGUCUGCAAAGAGAGACUGCAUCUGCAGGGACAGAACAUGCAGGACCCAUUUGGCGAGAAGCGUGGUCGUUUUGACUACCAGGGCCUCAUGGCUCGCCUCGGCGCCACUCACAGGCGAAUACGUGAGAAAAACCUGGCGGAGGACAACCACAACGAUGACGAUUCAGACUCAGACACCAGCUCCUCAGGGACGGACCCCGACAGCCAGGGCAGCUCCCAGCCCUGACUCCCUCCACGGUGCUGGACUCAAACCCCCGGUCCAAGAACUAAAUACAAAGGGACCUUUUUUGUUUUGUUUGCAGUGGAGGAACAACAUCACAGAAGAGAAUGUGAUGCCUAUGUUUCAGGGUUAAGGACUGAAUAAUAGCUUCUGUUGUAUGGCUGUUGCAGAGAGAGAUAGAAAAAAGAUUGUAGUGCUCUCUUGACAUUGACCAUACUGCAUUGAAAAUGAAAACCAUCCGCUAGUCAAAUGCUGGCAAAUUUGGCCUGUAGCGGUGCAUUUAUGCUACUUUUGUAGCUAACCAGCUAUCAUUUCGACAUCCUGCGUUAUUCUAAAACUGGAGGCGGCUGUCCAGAUGCCUGAUAGAUUUUAAGAUCAACCGGCCGUUAUUUGCGUGAAGAUCUAAAUGGUUAGUUUCAUAGCUUGAACCUUUGAAUGAGUAGGAAUGGACACAAGCACAUAAGGCAACAUUCUAAGGCAGUCGUUCCACACUGACCCACAAACCCAAAAAGAAAUCUAGUCUUUACAGCUCUAUAAAACAUUUUGUAUACCCUUUACUCAUGCAAAGUCUAUCUGGUGGAGAUCUACUGACUUGGGCUCUUAAGUCAAGGCAGGUUUGGACUAGACGAACAGACCAUUUACUGACUGAGUUAGGGCUGAAUUGGUUGGACCAGUGGAAGAUGACGGUGUCCAUCAAGGCAGCACUCUGCAGGCUCUCCUUCAAAGUAGCCUGGUGUACACGUUUGUAAUGGACCUUUUGCAGUAGAAGGUGGUUGUAGGAAGCGAUCAUUUGCAGAGGCUUCGCAAGUCACGUGCCUUGUCUCCUCUGGCCGAGGUAAAGCCACGCCACGGCUCUUUCAGACUGGACCUCAGCUGCCUCCACAGCCGGGCCGCAUAAAACAUCAGCAGCUCUAAAAACAAUGAUUCCUGUGUAUUAUAUGAAAAAAAAAAAAAAAAGAGUUCUGCUUAGCUUUCAGUUCCAAUAGUGCUGUUGACUUCACAGUAAAUCUGUUUACCAGAGAAGAAGCCGUUUAGGAAAAAUGUCACUUUCAUUGACAUCCAAACGUUUCACCCUCUCUGUUCUACUGUUUUCUCAUUGUGCUGAAAGGAAUGAUAAUUUGCAGUAUGUAGGACGCUUCAUUCAAUUCAGUUGUUGUUGGGGUUGUCGGCUCUAGUGAUUAACCAAUCAAGACACAAAUCAAACCAUCCUGUACUCUAGCUAGAUCCAGAUGGGCUAAUGGAGGCAAGACAAGAAGAACCUUCUAUAUAACUGUCCAUGUGUUCACACACUGCAGGUAGGGCAACUCUGUCACUUUGUACAGGCUAAAGGAGGGGACAACUAAAGACAUCAAUAUAAAGGUUUUUUUCUAAAAAAAAAAUCUAACACUUUGUAAACCCCUAACUAAUAGCAGUUAUUUCAUGUGCACCCUAACCCACCACUAGAUGUCAGGCUUGACACAGAUUUGGUUUUAGGGGGAAAUCAGGCACUUACUAGCCAACCUUUCUCAGCUGACACUUUAUUUCUAUCUAUGCAUGUGUUGUCAGCCAUCAUGACAAAGGAAACAAACAACAAACCUGUUAACAGAGUUGCUUGCAGUGUGAACACAGUCAGGGCCGUUUAGAAUCACAAAGGGACUUGUUUGACGAGAAGAGAAGGAAGCAGAGUUUUUCAAGUCUAUCUUAAUACAAUAUACAUACAUGGAAAGUUAUAUGUAGCUGUCAUCAUUUCUCUUAUCUAUACUGACUGUGAUAGACAAGUGAUACAUUGUGUCUCAACAAGAAAUUUUGUUCUGUGCAAAAAUCCAUCCUAGAGUUCAGCUUAAGGUAAUAUCUAAUUUUAAUUAUCUAAAGAUAAUAUCUUUUGUAUUGUGUUAAGAUAGACUUGUGGAAAGCAGAAUCCAUCUUUAAAUCCAAAUAGAUUUUUAUAGAAGCUUUCCAACGUGAUGAAAAGAGGUCAAACAAAGAAGAAAGAAGUUGCUGGUUGGUUGGUUGGUUGUGUUUGUUUUAUGUCCUGUCUGCCUUCCAUUGUCCUCCAGCGUCUGCUUUUAGCUCUCUACAGCUAUGUUGAUGUUAAGAGCAGUGUGCCUCUGACCUCUGGUCAGGUUAGACUCUGCUGAAGAUUAAAAUGGGAUUACUAAUAUAGGGCAUUCCUUUUUAUUUGUUUUAUUAUGUUAUAGAAUGGUUAUGAAAAGCAGCACCUAGCAGAAUAUAUGUGAUUGCCAAAAUGUUGAUUGCAACACGCUUCCUGAAAGUGGAAGUGAAGAAAUCAUAUCCCUGUUUGGUUGUGUUGUGUUGUGCUUAUAGCAGGGUUCUUCUGUGGCUCUAUAAAGUCUGGAUUACUGACAGAAAUGAUCAUUUCCAGGUCUUGAAAAAAUGUUGGUAUUGUACAGAAGUUCUGGAAAAGUACAGAAUAAAAUGUUGUUCAGUCCUGAUA